AUGCAGGCCUUCCUCAAGGGCUCGUCUUCCAUCAGCACCAAGCCCCCUGCUGCCAAAGAGAAGGGCCCAGCAGCUGGGAGCAGCGGGGAGAGCAAGAGGCUCAAACCGAUCCCCUGGGUGGAGAAAUAUCGACCCAAAAACGUGGAUGAAGUUGCUUUCCAGGAUGAAGUUGUUGCUGUGCUGAAAAAGUCCUUGGAAGGUGCUGAUCUUCCCAAUCUGUUGUUCUAUGGCCCACCUGGAACUGGAAAAACUUCCACUAUUUUAGCAGCUGCUAGAGAACUCUAUGGGCCUGAAUUAUUCCGGCAAAGAGUCCUUGAAUUAAAUGCUUCUGAUGAGCGUGGAAUACAAGUGAUUAGGGAAAAAGUGAAAGCUUUUGCUCAGCUAACUGCAUCUGGAAGCCGUUCAGAUGGUAAAAUGUGCCCUCCGUUUAAAAUUGUGAUACUGGAUGAAGCAGACUCAAUGACUUCAGCAGCCCAGGCAGCCUUAAGACGCACAAUGGAAAAAGAAUCUAAAACAACACGUUUCUGCCUUAUUUGUAACUACAUCAGCAGAAUAAUUGAACCUUUAACAUCUCGAUGCUCCAAAUUCCGCUUCAAGCCUUUGUCAGACAAAAUCCAACAGCAGAGGCUAUUGGACGUUGCUGAGAAGGAACAUGUGAAGAUCAGUAGUGAGGCAGUGUCAUACCUUGUUAAAGUGUCAGAGGGGGACUUAAGGAAAGCAAUUACUUUUCUUCAAAGUGCCACUCGCCUAAUGGGUGGGAAAGAGAUCACAGAGAAAAUAGUAACUGAAAUUGCUGGGGUCAUCCCUAAAGAAACAAUUGAUGAACUGCUGUCUGUCUGUGGGAGUGGUUCCUUUGAGAAGCUGGAAACCCUGGCAAAGAAUCUCAUAAAUGAAGGGUAUGCUGUUGCUCAGCUUGUGAACCAGCUGCACGAUGCUGUUGUUGAGAGUGAAGAUUACAGCGACAAGCAGAAAUCUGUCAUAGUUGAGAAACUUGCAGAAGUAGACAAAUGCUUGGCAGAUGGUGCUGAUGAGUACUUGCAGUUGGUGAGUCUCUGUGCCCUUGUGAUGCAGCAGCUAACACAGAACACUUAACUUCUCCAGCAGCAGCUAGCCAC